AUGACGCUCACUCCGGUAUACACACCACCCCCGGGCCUUCGGACUGCUUUGGCCGACUUCAAGGACUAUGUGAAUAGCAGCUAUGGACUGCAACUUCAGACUUAUGAGGACUUGCAUGCAUUCUCCAUCAAUCGAUUGAAUGACUUCUGGAUGGCAACAUGGCGGUUCCUGGGGAUCAAAGCAUCCGUCCAUCCUGAGAAGGCAGUGGACGAGAAUGCCCCAAUCGACCAGUUCCCCUUGUUCUUCGAGGAAGCGAGACUCAACUUUGCAGAGAAUAUGCUCUGUGGAGAAGACGAUCAGAUUGCUGUUAUCGACGUCAACGAGGAAAACCUAUGGACUCCUCGGCGAUAUACGUGGCGGCAGCUCAGACACUUGGUUCAUACCUAUACAAACGCGUUGCGCCGUACCGGAGUGGCCAAGGGAGAUGUUGUUGCCUUGAUAGGAAGCAACUGCGUCAGGUCCUUGGGCUUGCUUCUGGCUACAUCAGCCGUCGGCGGCAUAUUUGCAUCCUUCGCAACAGAUAUUGGGGACAAGGCACUUAAUGACCGCCUCGGCCAAAUCGAGCCCCGCGUGGUCUUCGCCGAGUCAUCCUAUUCAUAUAAUGGAAAGCGCAUCGAUAUCACGACAAAGGUUGAUGGUUGCACGAGCAAAGCCUCCCAGCCACUGAAGCUGGUGGUAAUUGGAGAUACGGCUGGCUUCAAGACCAAGUGCGAGAACCUUGAGACGUUUAUCAAGGACAAAGACCCUCAAACACCACUGAACUUUGAGCAAGUCCCAUUCAACACGCCACUGGUCAUCAUGUUUUCUUCCGGGACCACAGGGACUCCCAAGGGUAUCGUCCAUUCACACGGCGGUUUGCUCUUGAACGGCUUCAAAGAGCACCGCCUCCACAAUGGCUUUGGACCGCAGGAUAUACACUUUCAUUUUAGCGGUAUCGGGUGGACAUUGUGGAACAUAUCCAUCGGGGCACUCUUCUGCAAAACUACAAUGGUCUUAUACGACGGAUCGCCGUUUUACCCGACUCCAGACGAGUUUCUCCGUGGUAUUUUGGCAACUGGCAUCACCGGUUUUGGGGCAGGACCGCGUUAUUACGCUGAGCUGCAGAAGCGAAAUUUCACACCCAAAACAUACGCAAAAGAGAUUCACACAAUCUUUUCCACCGGCGCGGUACUGACACCAAGUCUAGCAUCCUGGCUGGGAGAAGCCUUCGGACCUGUGUGCCAGAUACAAUUCACCGGCGGCACGGAGCUGUGCGGAUCUUUUAUUCAUGGAACUCGCCUCCUCCCAGCAUAUCCCGGCGAGAUAGCGAUGAAGGCGUUGGGUAUGGAUGUUGCUGCAUACUCCCCAGAUGGCAGCGAAGUACCCGAUGGAGAGAGCGGCGAGCUGGUCUGUCGGAAACCAUUCCCAAAUAUGCCGGUCAUGUUCUGGAACGAUCCUGGAAAGAAACGCUAUUACAAUGCGUACUUUGACAUGUUCCCCCAUGUGUGGACACAUGGUGAUUUCAUCAAGGUCAAUCCAGUGACAAGGGGGACCUAUGUGUUGGGGAGAAGUGAUGGUACCCUCAAUCCGUCCGGCGUCCGCUUCGGCAGUUCAGAAAUCUACAACAUCCUGUCCUCGCCUCAUUUCGCAUCAUCGAUCAUUGAUUCAUUGGUUGUCGGGCAACAACGCAGUGCCGCGCCAUAUUCAGACACCACCGAGCGUGUCCUUCUCUUCAUCAAAUGCCGAGAAGGCGAGUCUACUAAUCAUCUCCUCCCAAACAAGGACCUGGACAGCCGCAUCCGCGAUCAAAUUGCCAGGGACCUUAGCAGAAGACACGUCCCGGCUCACAUCUUUGAGGUCAAGGAGAUCCCUUACAACGCCAAUGGGAAAAAGAUGGAGAUCCAAGUCAAAGCUGUGGUGAACGGUGGCGCACAGGCGAAGACGAAGCAGAGGCUCAGUCAGCAUGAACUGUCUAUGCUGGAACAGUUCGAGCCGUUCUUUCACCUUGAGAAGCUGCUCAACAAGCUCGAGAGAUGCGAUUCGAAACUCUAG